AUGGGUCCACUCGACUUGCUUCUGCUAGGCACCUUGGGUAUUGGUACCUUAAUCUGGCUAUCACGCAAACUCAGGUCCACCAAAUCCUACAAAUAUGAUGAUACAUUGGCCACCAAAGGCAAAGCCGAACAAUCCAAAGCCGCAAACACCGGCCCCGAACGUAACUUUGUGAAGCUCAUGCAGCAACAGAAUCGACAAGUCAUCUUUUUCUAUGGAUCGCAAACAGGCACGGCUGAAGACUAUGCUAGCAGAUUGGCCAAAGAGUGCUCACAAAAAUAUGGCGUGAGCUGUAUGGCCGCCGAUAUUGAACUGUACGACAUGACUUUUAUGGAUAGCGUGCCCUCAGAAAAUCUAGUCGUAUUUGUGAUGGCCACGUAUGGCGAAGGCGAGCCUACCGACAAUGCUGUGGACUUUUGGGAGCUCUUGACCAGCGAAGAGCCAGAGUUUUCAGAAAGCAGCACGCUGGAGAACUUGCGAUACAUUGUGUUUGGCUUGGGCAAUAAGACAUAUGAGCACUAUAAUUCCGUGUCACGUAUACUGGAUAGCAAGCUUACCGAAUUGGGAGCAAAGCGUCUUGGAGAGCGAGGCGAAGGAGACGACGAUGCUUCGCUGGAAGAGGACUUCUUGGCAUGGCAGGAGGGCAUGUGGCCCGUCUUUUGCGAGGCUAUGGGUGUCGAUGAGAGCAGCGCGCAAUCAGGACCUCGACAAGCCAUGUUUAGCGUACAAGAAUUGGAUGCGGUCGAUCGGGCUGCUUUGUUUUUGGGCGAGCUCGGCGAAUGGACGAAGCCCGAACAGCUUCUGCAGCAAACAAUCACGCAUGAUGCCAAACACCCUUACCAAGCCCCAAUCGCCGUCUCUCGCGACCUCUUUACUGACUCGGCCGACCGUCACUGCCUGCAUCUGGAAAUAGACUUAUCGAAAAGCAACAUGUCAUACCAGACCGGUGAUCAUAUUGCGAUCUGGCCCACCAACAAUGAAAUCGAAGUGCAUCGGCUGGCCGCAGUGCUGGGCUUAUCCGAUAAGCUUGAUACUGCUGUCAUGGUCGAAGCUUUGGAUAACACUGCAUCCAAAAAGCAUCCGUUCCCUGUACCAACCACAUACCGCGCCCUAUUUCGUCAUUAUUUGGACAUAUGCGCCCCUGCUUCUCGUCAAACUCUCAUGACACUCGUUGAAUAUGCGCCUACAGAGUCGUCCAAGGAAGCUCUACGGCAGUUGGCUUCGGACAAGGAUGUCUAUCGUCUCAAAGUUGGCGACGCGAUCCGCAAUUUGGCUGAAGUGUUGGAAUUGUGCCAGGACGACGACGAGGGUACUACUACUGUAUCCCCAGGGUUCUUUUCCACCGUUCCAUUCGACUUGAUCAUUGAGAGCGUUUCUCGUUUGCAGCCUCGAUACUACUCAAUUUCAUCGUCUUCCUCCACAUCGCCAAAGUCAGUCGCAGUGACGGCCGUAACGCUUUCAUACCAACCAACCAAAGAGGAACGUACCGUGUAUGGUGUCAAUACUAACUACCUAUGGCGUAUCCAUUCCCCAGAAGAUAACUCGGUUCCAUACUAUGAUUUAAACGGCCCACGCAACACGCUCAUAGACAAAAAGGUGCCAGUGCAUAUCCGCCGCUCGCCGUUUAAGCUUCCACGCAAUACUAAACUACCAGUCAUCAUGGUCGGCCCUGGCACAGGCGUCGCUCCUUUCCGUGGUUUCGUUCAUGAACGCGUAUAUCAAAAGCAGCAGCAAGGCAAAGAAGUCGGCCCCACGGUUCUCUUUUACGGCUGCCGUCAUCCGAGCCAAGACUUUUUGUACAAGGAAGAAUGGCCUCAACUGUUUGAAGCCUUGGGCGAGGAUUCACGACUGAUCACGGCAUUUUCACGAGAGACGGAUAGGAAGGUGUACGUCCAGCAUCGAUUGAAGGAACAUGGCGAGCAAAUGUGGCAAUAUAUCGAGCAAGGUGCCUAUAUCUAUGUGUGUGGCGAUGCCAAGAAUAUGGCUAGGGAUGUGCAGCAGACAUUUGUCCAGUUUGCACAGUCGUUUGGACAGAGAACAGAACAGCAGGCUCAAGAUUAUGUCAAGAAUUUGCGAAGCUCUGGCCGGUACCAGGAAGAUGUUUGGUCUUAG